AUGCCAGCGUUGAAUCAGUAUCUACGUAAAUUCGACACAAGCAACGCCACUCAAUUUGGGUAUCGACCAGAUCAAUACGGGGCCACCGGGCACGACUAUGAGAUGAGCAAUUUGUCCAACCACAGAAUGGCGACAGGAGCGGGAAACAAGAGUGCAAACAACGGCACUGGCGAUAGCGACGAUUCUGCAGCACAAAGUUCCGGCGCCGACUUCAGACCUCCUGGAUAUACACUGUACCAUGCGAGGAUUGAUGGGCCAAGGGUCGGAAAGAGCAACGACGGGGUCUCCAGUGCCUCGCAGGAGGACGGGUCGGUAGAAAGGCACGGCAGUGAGGAGCACAUCAUUCGGAAGGAGGUCGUGUACGACGUCCGAUGUGAAUAG